AUGAGCAGCACCAAGUAUCCGUCAUUUGUUUCCUUUGUUACUCCUACCAAGAAAUUACCUUUUUGCGGCGGCACGAUUCUUGAUGAAACGACUAUACUGACUGCUGCUCACUGUAGUUUAUCAUCGAAAAACGAAGUUCUCUACGGGACCAACAAGCGAUCAAGCAAGAGUACUGCAAAAAACUUGAUCGGGAUCAAAAGCGUCAAAAGCAUCGGCACAGCGCUGGGAUCAAAAGGGGGUCUUUAUAAAAAUGACUACGCGAUUGUGAAACUUGUUCAACCAAUUCCUCUUGGACGGACGGCGCAGAAAGUUGAGCUUGGGACGUUUCAAGAAUUCAAUGAUAUUCUCAUGAAGAAGAAAAAAUGCACAGUCGUUGGCCAAGGCAACACAGAUAUUGAUGGACAAUGGUCAGAUGUUCUCAAAGAAGGAACAGUUGGAGUCGCUGCCCACGAUAAGCCACCUCUACCAGUGAGAUGUUCUGACUUCAAGGCAGAUCCGAAGAACUGUAUUCUCUUCAAAAAUACCGAUAAAACAAUGUCUGGUCGGGGUGAUUCUUAG